AUGAACAACAUACAAAAGAAAAGACCUUUAAAUGGAAAGAAUGUAAAGGCAACUGCUGCAGUAGUAGAAGAGUCAAAGGCAAAGAUACUUGCUAAAAAACAACAAGAGGAAGAAGAAGAACAAAGUAGCAGCUUUGAAGAAGAAGAAGAAGAAGAAAAUAGUAUUGAACAAGAUGAAGAUGAAGACGAAGAAGAGGAUAGUAUUGAAGAAGAUGAAGAGGAACAAGAUAGUGAAAGUGAUAGUGAUGAAGACGAUGAAAUGAAAAAUGCAUUACAACCAACAAAGAAAAAAGUAAAGAUUAAUAAUCAAACUAGUUCACAAGUCAUCAACAACAACAACAACAACAAAAAAGACAAUGUAAAGAAUGAAGGAGAAGAAGAAGAAAAUAAUGAAUCAUCAAACAAUACCAAGAAAGCAAGCGCUGCUGCUUGGAUGGAUGAUGAUGAUGAAAAUACUGUUUUACAAAAAAAGGCAUUAUCUAAAAUGCCAAAAUGGGCAAAGAAAUCAAAACCAGUAGUUGAUGGAGAAGAAGAAGAUGAAGAGGAUUUGGAAGAUUAUAAUCAUGAUGCAGUUGAAGAAAAGGUAUUCCAAAAUGUUACCAAACUUAUCACUGAUAAGGCAAAUAUCGAUUAUUCAGUGUUGGCAGUCAAAACAUUUAAAGUUUUCCAUGAGAGUAAAAAGGUGAUUGCUAUCGACAAUAAUAAUGAAUUCAAUAUUACCUGUGUAGCAUCACAAACCAAUCUGCAUAUUUAUAGACAAGGUACUUUAAAGAGAGCCAUUUGUUCAUUCACCUAUCCACAAGGAUUCAAAGCAAACUUUGUAUCUUUUAUUCCAAAUACCAAUAACAUUCUCAUCGUUGGAACUUAUGGUCAUUAUUAUUUAUUUAAUCCAGAAACUAAAGAUUUAAAACAAAUUAAUUUGAGAAUUGGUAAAAAUACAUUAAAAUCAGUUGCAGUAUCAUUUAAUUAUUAUGCAAUUGAAGAUUCACUUGGAAAGAUUUCUUUAAUUUCAAAUACAUCCAAUACCGUAGUCAAUAAUAUUCAAUUGUCAAAGGGUAAUGUAUCUGCCAUUAAAUUCUCACCCGAUGGAAACACCCUCUACGUUGCCAGUGAAGGUAGUGUUUCAUGUUUUAAUAUCAAGACUAUGCGUAUCUCUCAUCGUUUCAAGGAUCUUGGUAAUGUUAGCACUCAAUCAAUUACUUCUAUUUGUUGUUCACCAAAUGGAAAUUAUUUAGCUACUGGAUCUGAAAGUGGAAUUGUUAAUAUUUAUGAUAUAAAAUCAAGUAUGACAAGUGAAACACCAACACCAUUGAAAUCAAUUUCUUCGAUUAUCUAUCCAAUCACAGAUUUGGCAUAUGAUCCAACCUCUAAAUAUCUAUGUGCAGUGUCUGAGCUACAAAAGGAGAUUGUCAGAGUCAUCCAACACCCAUCACUCAACGUUGUGUCGAUGGUCAAGGUACCAAAGGUUGGCCAACUCACUAAAUGUUCAUUUGAUCAUCAAGGAUAUCUUGUAUUUGGUAAUGCCCGUGGUACAAUCUAUCAACAUACUGCCAAAUUACAUCAUAAAUCAAUUUAA